GCCGUGUAAGCGCGCAGAGCGGCUCGAUUCUCCAAGAUUAUUAUUAUUUUUUAUAUAUAAAAUUUUAUUUAAUUUUCACUAUAGUUUUUUGUUUGUUUAAAUUUGCAUGCAGAAAAAUUUUUCUCCUUCCUUCUUGUGCGUUUUUUUUAAGUUCGCUUUUAUCAACCUUUAAGGAUUCUUGAGUUAGAAUAAUAUUAUCAGCUACGGGAUCACAGUGUUGUGUGUUAAUUGACGAAUAAUAAAUUUUACCACCAAAAAAAAAAAUAAUAAUAAUAAUAAAGGAAUUUAUUGUGUAUUUACAAUUUAAUUUGAAAACAAAAAAAAAAUAAGUUAAGUGCCAAAAAAUUAUUAAUCAUGAAAAUUUCAUCGCAUAUCAGUUUUGACGCAUAAGGAAGCGAUACAAUAAAAAAAUAAUUCGGACAACAUCAAACGAAUGAAAAAAAAAAUUAGAAAGAAUUUUAAAAAUAUAAAAAAAGUUAAGUGACAAUUGUUGGAAUCAUAAAAAGAAACAGAGAAAAAGUUUAAAUAAAAAAACUCGUGAGCUGAAACCUUCACAUUUUUAAGAAAAAAGAAAGAAAAAAAAAACUUUUACUUUCAUUUAAAUUUUUUUUAACUUCACAUAAUAAACGAUUUUGUAAUAAUAUAAAAAAAAACCUUUUUUAACACGAUUGUUAAGUAAUUUGGAAGAUUUGAUGGUUACAUAAGAACUCAAGCAGAGAAAGAGAGUGAAAGAAAGAGCUUUCAGGCUGUUGUCGUAUUCAUCAUCAUCAUCACUGCCGUAUUGAGACAUUACAGAGCAAGUUUUUCUCUCGAAUGAUAAAAUGAAAAAUGGUUAAAGGUUAAAUUGUGAGUGUUAUAAGAUCGAGCUGUACGAAUAAUCAUUAAAAUCAUACACACAUUGCGAGCUCAAAAAGAAAGGAAAGUUUUUUUUUAUGAGAAUAUUGCAAUGAUGGAUUCAAAAAUAUCAUCUAAAAUGAAUUGUGUUUUUAUGACUCAUAUCUAUAGCACGUUAAGUGAUAAAAAACAUUCAUAACAAUAUAUUUUGAAGUGAGAGGCGAAAAAGUAAAGAAUAGAAGAAUGAAAACAAAUGUGUAAUUGAUGUGACGACACUAGACACAUAGAAUACGAUGAUUCUCAAAGGUUGUAAUACGCAAUAACAAUAAAUAUAUCCAGAAAAAGAGAAUAAGAAGACGAUAAACAAUUUUACGGAUUAAAAUUCGCAAAGAAAACAAAAAACUUAUUUUCAACAGAAAAACAGAAGUGAAGAAUAACAAAAUUUAAAAAAAAAAGAUCGCCAAACUGCUUCAGACGUCAGCCUAUUUUGACGGAAGACGCAUAAUUGUAAUAUCUUUUUUAUCGUUUAUUUCUUGUGACCGCGGACACAAUAAAAUCAUUCACAUUGGAUCACCAAGCAGAUAGGAUGCUGAUGUUGCAAUAUAGUAAACACGGCGAGUGUAUACUCCAAGAAAUUGGUGCAGCAUUUCGGGGAGAACAUCCAGCAGAUUUAGAAAUCAUAUGUGAUGGAAGUAAAACAACAUUGCGUGCUCAUAAACUUGUACUCGCAGCCGCAAGUCCACUCAUAAGAACAAUACUGGAAGAUACUCCUUGCCAUCUCAAUGAUGGACACACAACAAUACACUUUCCCGAUAUUCACAUCAGCUUUUUUCGUAUGUUAUUGGAUUUCCUUUAUUCCGGACAAACAUUUGUACCAGUCGAUGAGUUAGAGCAGUUACAAGAUCUCCUAGCAUUAUUACAAAUAAAACCAAAUAUAUGGCGCAGCGGUGAUAGUAAAAAAGAUAUUGUUAAUGAUUCCCAAAAAUUAGAUAGUUGUAAUGAAGGCGGUUUAAAUUUAAUUAGCAAAAAUAAUAAUAACAAUAGCAAUAACAAUCGAAAUCGUACAACUAGUAGUAAUUACAUAAUUAACAAUGAGCUACCAUCCGAUGACAUUAAUCCGUCUAUAAACAUAAAAAGUGAAAGAGUUGCAAGAUCGUCUUCAAGAUCACACUGUGAGGGGGAAACGGAUAAACUGGAUGAGCAGGAAAAAAGUGCUGGCGAAGAGUCACCGGAAUCGGCAUCAGAGAAUGAAGGUGACAAUAAUAAUAAUGAAGAUGAAGAGCGUGAGGAAGGAGAAAUUUGUGAAGAUCAAAAUACGUCGAAAGUUAAUACAGAAAAAUCAAAAUUAUAUAAAAAGAAGAAGCGACGAAGACGAAAACGUGAAAUGACAUUGAAAAGUGAUCAAAGCCAACAAAUUGAGGAUGAUGAUGAUGAAAUGGUUGCGAUCAAGGAAAGUCCAUUAGGUGAUGACAAUGAUGGAAACUUAUCGGAUAGCUACAUUAACAGGAAACAUUCAGUAUCAAGACGAAGACAUUCCUCAUCAUCAGAUCCUGUGAAUUUGUCAAUUGGAAAUAAGCAACAAAAUCAGCAAGAGGACUCAGAUGAUGCAAACAUUGAUGUCGAAACUAUUAGUAAUGCUCCCACAAAAUCAUUAUUGCCUACCCGUUACUUAGACCCCUAUCGACUUAAGCGAAAAGCUUUAUACAUUAAUCCCGUCGACCACGAAAGCUUAUUACUCAAAUCAUUACCAGAGCACGAACUGCUCCAAAACUCAACAAAUCCCGACAAUUAUGUUGUGACGCCACAUCGUAAGCGUCGUCCAGGAUUUCAUAAUUCACCCGCACAAAAUCCACCAUUCGUACCAAGUUAUUUAGAAGAUUUGCGACAACCGCAUAAAAACUUUUUAACACCAUCGCUUUCAGCACCACCACCCGCAUAUUUAGCAGAUUUCGAUUACAUUAAUGAUCGUCGUGAAAUAUCAUCGCCACAGCCGCCAUCAAGAGGAGGUCAUCCCACCGAAUAUCAGAAUCAUAAAAACAACAAUAGUAAUAACUUAAACGAUAGUCGACGACGUCAUUUGAGCGAUGAAAACGCAGGUCAAUCAUCGCCUCAUCUUCCACCACCUUCAUUUUAUCCAUGGCCUCAUCCAUCAUCUGCUGCGAAUUUAGCAGCAGCAGCAGCUUUAGCAGCUGCACUUCCAGGUGGUCAACAUGAUCUUCUAGGACUUACUCAAUCUGCACUUCAGCAACAGGAGGCAGAGCAUCAUCAUCAUUCCCGUAAUAAUAAUCAAAAUUCUGGUACUUCAGGAAAUUCUGGAACUGGAAAUCCAGUUCGAGAGUAUCGUUGUCAAUAUUGUGGAAAACAAUUUGGAAUGUCAUGGAACUUAAAGACCCAUCUUCGGGUACACACGGGCGAGAAGCCAUUCGCUUGUCGAUUGUGCGUAGCAAUGUUUAAACAAAAGGCUCACUUAUUAAAACAUUUGUGUUCAGUUCAUCGAAACAUUAUAAAUUCACCGGAAUCUGGUGGUCGAUAUAAAUGUUGCUUCUGUACUCUAUACUUCGAUACACUCCAAGAGCUCGUUCGUCACUUGUCUGGACAUCAUAAUAAUUUGUUAUUAAGUAAAAAUCUACAUGAAUGACAAAAGGAUAAUGAUUGUGACGAGGACGAUGAAGAAACAUGAGCAAAGUGAAAAAAGUUUUAUAUCCACGUUUUCCUAAUUUUAUUAACUCUGUAUAGUUGUUAUUGAAAAAGGGCCAUUAAACCAAAUGUUUUACUUAAUUCAAUUGCCCAAGUGAUAUUUUCUAUAUAUCAAAACAAAAUUUUAUACAUUCUUUAGUAGCUGAGGAUUAAAAGAAAAAAAUUGUAAAAAAAAAUUUUAGCUACCACUUUUGGGACAUCUUUUAUAUUAGGAAUUUUACAAAUAAAAAUUUUAUACAUUUUUUGGGAAACUUAAAAAAAAUCUCGCUUUUCGGUAUUUUUGUCCCAGAAAAGCGUCAUACAUUCUUUAACUUUACUAUUUUAUAUCUAAGAUUAUAUUCUAAUAUAUUGAAAUGAAAGCAAGGAUUAAGAGCUUUUAAUGACAAUAACAAACUCAUGUCCUUAACACAAAGAAAAUUUUAAAAAAACUUUGACACGCACUAAAACAACAAUGUUUAAGAAAUUUAUUGCACAAUCAAUUAUUUCUCUUUAAUUUAUUAUAAACUACUGUAAAAUGAUGAAGAUUUUUAUGAUAGACGAGUACUUUUUUGAUGGUAUCUUUAACUUUUUGAAUCUUUAAGAUGGAGGUCUAAUGCUAGAGAUUGGGAAAUACCGUAACAACUUGUUGUCGUGUUGUUUACUGGAUGUUUAUCUUAAACACAUUUAAUUAUUCAUUGAUUGUAAAAUGCAUUGGGAUUUUCCUGAUUAUUCAAUAUAAAAGGUUUAAAGGUUUAAAACCUUUUAUUUAAUGAUAUUGAAUUAAGUUUGACAACUCAAACUUCAACUCUUGAACUCAAUAAAAUGGAAGAAAAACACUACAAAGAUAGUGAAAUCAAUGAGAGGAUUCUUCGUAUUUCUCAAUCUUUACUUUAAACAAAAAUUUGAAACUGAUUCCUUGAUUCAGUUUCUUUAACUUCUAUUGAAGCUAACGUUUGACUUUGAAAUUAAAAAGUUAUGCAAGAACAAGGUUUGAUUCGAGUGUCUAAUAAGAAACCCACCUCUGUAUACAAAAGAACGAAAGACACUCUAGCUAAGUAUUAAAAAAUUUACAAAAUUCCCACCACACUAGUUAGAAAAAUCAAUUUUGUAUCUUAAAGAUUUGCCUUAAGUAUAACCUUUAAAGUUCUUAAUGAUUUAAACCGAAAGAUAUCAUCAACAGUUCACUCCAAAGUUCUCUAAUUUUAAAGGAGCAAAUUAAAAAGUAAAAAAUCUAUAGUUUUCUGAAAGAAAUUAAAUUUACACACAGAUAAAAAUAUGAUCAAGAGCGGGUCUCAAAUGAAUCCAAGAUUUUUACCAUUUUUUGCCAAUCCACUUUAUACACACCAAAAAAACCAAGAUACUAAUGAUAAUGAAAGAUAAAAAAAACCAUUAAUAAAAUAAAAAAAAGACAAUCUACUAAUACUUUUGUUCCAUUUUUAUAAAAUAUAUAUUUAAUUUAAUUGAUGAAUAAUGAAAAUGAAAAAAUCAAGAUGUUUGUGUUUAAGGUUCUGGUAUUUUUGUAUUUAUUUUAUGCAGAUUAUUACAUUUUUUCACACCUUUCAUUUAAUUCGAUUAAGAUUUUUUUUAAAUUUUAAGUUCUACUUUUUUUUGCUCUAUGAAUCCUUCUCUUUAAACAUUUUAAAUGAUUUGUAGAUUUUCACCUUAAUAGUCUUAAAGUUAACAAUAAACGAAUGGAAAAAUUAAAUUUCCUUCUUAAGUUCUCGGAGUCUUCAAUUUCAAGUUCAAAUGACGAUGAUCAAUAUUUCUCUCCUAUAUCAUCCAUUAACUCUGCAAGGAAUAAAAAAUAAACUUAAUGCUAGAUUUUAGCGGGAAUUUGGAAAUCUUUUAAGAUUAUUUCUAGAUUUUUUUAACAAUUUUAAUUUCUAAAAGUCUUCAAAUAAUCUUAAAUAAUUGAAAAUAUUCCAAAUAAACCCACUAAAAUCAAGAAUAAAAUAAAAAAAAAAUCGUUCAUAGCUGUAAAUUAAUGUUAAAAAUAUAAAACAUCAAAACCAAGCGAAAAUAAUAAUAUUCACUCUACUAAGCAGUUUAAAAGUACAAAAAAGUUAAUUUUUUUUUCAAGUAACAUCUUAAUUUAUUCAAAAUACUUUCAACAAUCUCUCCCCCCAGAACACGCAAUAUAAUAAUUUUUAGAAUGUAAAAUAUUAAUUUUUGUUUUGUAGAUUAUUUACUUACUCUUACUCUCAAGAGUCAUUCAUUAUCAUCGCAGUUAAUGGAUUUAUUAAAUCUAAUUAGUAUGCUGCACAAUUCGCAAAUGACCUUGUAAAAUUUUAAUUUGAGUUCUUUGUAUAUUUUUUUAACACAUUCAUGUACAUUUUUAAAAACUUAAUUUUAUAGCAAUAAAAAUAUUUUUGAUAA